ACUCAGACAAGAAGACGUCCGAGACGCAGUAUCUGUCAUAGGUACCCUUAGGACGUGAGAGAUCCCCGUGCUCUUUACUUUCCUGUCUGAAACAGCAUCUUUGUCAUCCGUUUCCGUAUCCCAGUGGCUCACUGCGGCUCUGUAACGAGAGACUGGAUUGCAAUCAACCUUCUAACCGUUAUUAUUUUGUAAUCCACAUCCUCAUUCUCUGCCGAAUCACCACCAGAAUGGCGUACCCUUCCUACCCUGCCUAUCAGCAAGCACCUUACUACCCGCCACCUGUUGCAACUCAGCCUCCUGCUGAUUUGUUUCGGAGGCAAUAUGCAGAUAGGUUGAGGGCGCUUACGUUCAACUCGAGACCCAUUAUCCAAGAUCUUUCCAUGCUUGCGCUGGCAGCUCGAGAUCGCAAUGAUUGGGAAGGGAUGCAGAUUGUGGUUGAAGAGAUUGAGAUGGCUGUGCUUCGGGUAGGUCUUGCGAGAGGAGGACAUUCACCACCAACCUCUGGGAAGUUGCUGACGUCUUUGCAGGCUCCGCCUACACAGAAGCUUCCGCUGCUUUAUCUCUUGGAUUCCGUCUCAAAAAACGUUGGAUCUCCAUACACGACACAUCUUCUUCCCCCUAUUAUCCCCCGACUCUACGUCCGUACCUAUCGCGAAGUUGACGGGGUCACAAAAGCCAAGAUGGAAGAGAUGAUCGGACUGUGGCGAAAUGGUGGCCCCAACGGGUCUGAGCUCUAUGGGGCGGGUGUGCGAGACCAAGUUGAGCGAGAGCUCUUUGGAGCUGCUGGAUAUCACAACAGUUCCGCGGGGCCUAGCCGGCAGCAGGUUCAGUCUCUACUCAAUGCUACGCUGGAUGGUAAGCGUCGAGAGCUAGCGAUGAGACCUGCAGAUGGACAAGUCGCGAUCCAGAUGAAUGCAUUGCAGGGUAUCGGCGAAUUACUCAAUACCUCGAAUAUCUCGCCGCAGGAGUUGAGUGCUAUCAUGGCCCAGCUAAAGUCUAUGGCUGCUGCACCGCGGCCGCCUGUACCUACCCCGCUUCCCGUACCUUCAACGCCAGCUUGGGGGGUCGCCCCUACUGCGUCCGCACCACCGGCAUCGCUGCCACCAUUCCCUCCUAAACUGCCAAGUACCGGUAACAGCUGGCCACCGCCUGUCCGUCCGCCUUUCGCUCCCACCCUCCCCACCCCUUCUACGGUGGUCUCUACUCCUCCAGCGCCUCAUCUCAACACGCCUAUCCCACCCACUGGCUCUACGACACCGUCGCUUCCACCGGCUACGGUGGCUGCAGCACCUGUUGUAGCACCAAUUGCUCCUAUCCCCAAUCUGCCCGUCGAUGUUGCCAAGAUUCUUCAAACGCUCAACAAAUCGGGGCUUGGUAGUCAGCCGAGGACGCCCGAGGUCCCCCUCUCUACUACACCUGUGCCGCCGGUCAAGUCGAGCUUGGAGGCCUAUGAGGAUCUCAUUCUGGGUAUGGAUACGAGAUUGAAAUCUUUGAACUUGAAUGUCCCUCAUCGACUUUCUUUUGACCACCUUCCUCACCAAUGUAAUCAAUGUGGCGAAAGGUUUGCCUCUGACAAUGCUGCCGCCAAGGCGCACAUGGACUGGCAUUUCAGAAGAAACCGACAGGAGCGUGAGACGGGUGGAAGAGGAGCCCAUAGGAAGUGGCUGCCACGAGUUGAAGAAUGGAUCAAGAAUGCUGUCGAGCUUCCAGCUGUGUCGGACCAGGCGACCAAGACGGAAAACUCGGCCAUUUCGUCCGAGCGAUUAGCACAACUGCGGCAGAGGUGGGUUCCAGCGCCUCAGGACUCAAAGAAGGCAUCCGUGUGCCCCGUUUGCAAAGAGGCAUUCAAAGCAGAAUGGUCGGAAGAUGAAGAGGAGUGGGUUUGGAGAAAUGCUCUGAUCAUCAACAAAGUGGUAUGUGCCUUUUUAUCCUCUACGCAGGCACUGACGAAUGGGUAGCAUUACCACGCUACCUGUCGAGCUGAGCAAACGUCUGCUAUGAAGAGAUUGAAGGGUGACAACAAUCGACGGACUUCAUCUAGUGCUAGUCCAGCGGCCACUGCAGCCGAUGAACAAACCCCUCCAAAGCGUAAAGCGGAGGAUGCUCAGUACGAAGGGGACACCGCAAAGAGAGUGAAGCUUGAAGAGGGUAGUCGCGGUGAUGGCGAGCAUCUGGGGCAAGCGACGCUGCCGCAGGAGACGGUCAAGCGUGAGGAAACGAAGGAGGACGCAAUUGAGGUUAAUCAAAGUCCAGAUAUCGUAAUGGCAUGUCAGCAGAUUGACGGGGGCGGCACGGAGGGGCAGGAGGUCCAUAAUUAAUCAUUGCAAUUUCAUGUUCAUUCUCAGAGUCCGUCAUGCAUGAGCAUAUUCACGA